UCCAGCAGCACGGCCUCCAGCGCGAUGCUGGCGAACACGCACGUCUUGCCGGUGCCGGACUUGGCCUGCACGAUCAGAUCUGCAAGGAGCGCCCGUCAGCGCUGUCAGAGCUCUGAUGUGCCCCACGACCCUCAUCAGAGACCGGCACCUGAGACCGCACCGCCCGCCCUGAGCCGGAGCUCCUGGCCGAGGGGGAUGCUGCGGGCCCAGGACUGUUUGUGCCUGCGCCUGGUGCUUGCCAUGGCACUGCAGGGAGCUGGUUAUCGCACCUGUCCCCGCACCUGCGGCACGGAGCCGCGAUCUCCACACGCAACAGCCCAGAAAUCUCCCCACACGGCACUGCAGGGAGCUGGUUAUCGCACCUGUCCCCGCACCUGCGGCACGGAGCCGCGAUCUCCACACGCAACAGCCCAGAAAUCUCCCCACACGGCACUGCAGGGAGCUGGUUAUCGCACCUGUCCCCGCACCUGCGGCACGGAGCCGCGAUCUCCACACGCAACAGCCCAGAAAUCUCCCCACACGGCACUGCAGGGAGCUGGUUAUCGCACCUGUCCCCGCACCUGCGGCACGGAGCCGCGAUCUCCACACGCAACAGCCCAGAAAUCUCCCCACACGGCACUGCAGGGAGCUGGUUAUCGCACCUGUCCCCGCACCUGCGGCACGGAGCCGCGAUCUCCACACGCAACAGUCCAGAAAUCUCCCCACCUCGCUUCGGAAAAGGACUACAAAAAGUGACUUUCCUAAAAAGAC